CCCCACUGUUUUCAGUUGGUUCGACCCGGGAGGCCUGACGACGCUGACACUACAAGUCAGGAAGUGAAGGGCGGUGGUUGAGAAAAAAAACUAGCUAGUCCUUGUCUGCUUGUUGUCGUCAGGAACCAAUCCAUCAAAAUGUCGAGCAAAAGGGCAAAGGGAAAGACCACCAAGAAGCGCCCCCAGCGCGCCACUUCCAAUGUUUUCGCCAUGUUUGACCAGUCCCAAAUCCAGGAGUUCAAGGAGGCCUUCAACAUGAUCGACCAGAACCGUGACGGUUUUGUCGACAAGGAAGACCUCCACGACAUGCUGGCCUCGCUGGGGAAAAAUCCAACUGACGACUACCUGGAAGCCAUGAUGAAUGAAGCUCCCGGGCCUAUUAACUUUACCAUGUUCCUCACCAUGUUUGGAGAAAAGCUCAACGGCACAGACCCUGAAGACGUGAUCCGAAAUGCUUUUGCUUGCUUUGACGAAGAGGGAACAGGUUUCAUUCCGGAAGAUUACCUCAGGGAGCUCCUCACAACAAUGGGUGACCGCUUCACAGACGAUGAGGUGGACGAGCUCUUCAGAGAGGCCCCCAUCGACAAGAAGAAUAACUUCAACUAUGUGGAGUUCACACGCAUCCUUAAACACGGUGCCAAGGAUAAGGACGAUUGAGCAGAUUGUUUUUCACCUGUAUCAGACCGCUGUAUUGCCAAUCUCGACUCUCCUGUAAUAAACCUUUUUAUAAAGCAGACCAAAGCAAUAACUCUCUGCUGUAAUGGAUGUCAGCAUCCUACACUGCCAAAACCUACGCAUCUCCUCCUAUUAAGAGAAAAGAGUUGUCAUGUCUUUGUCAUUUGGGAUAUGACCUAGCACCAUGUUGGAAGAUCUUAAGGGAUAUGUCUUUGCAAUUUGUGUGAUUGGAUCUAGCUGAAUUUUUGCAUUUUAUAAUAGAAACUUUUUAAAUAAAGCCCUCUAUCAUAUUG